UGUUUUCGAUUUCCGGUUAUGUUCGUUUGUUAGCCAAAUAUUUGAAUGUUUUUUUGUUGUUGUUUGGGACAUUCAAUAACAUCCGAGUUAUGAGAUUGAACGACCUAUAUAUAGCGUUUUGUUAAUUAUUACAUAGCCAGCUUAUUAGAUAUAUAACUGGUUAAUAAGUAGGUCAUUCGAAGUAUAAACGGGUAGCGAUUAUUGGUCUGUCGUUAAGCUAGCUAGGCUAGCUAGGUUAGCCCAAACAGAUACCGAACUGAACAGAAAGUGCAAGCAAACAUGAGAAAUCACAGCCAACUCCGCCAGUGAACACUCAGGGGGAUGGUGUCGAGUGUUGUUGGUCAGUGUGUGUCUGUGAGCAGCGUGUCACCCAGGCAGUGUGAUUGACUAUGGCGGACAGACCUGACGACGAUGACGUUAUCGUCCUGGCCAGCUUCAACAUCCACCGCAGCCAAGGUCGUCGGGCACGCAGGAGGAACUUCAUCACCAUAUCAGAUGACUCUGACGAGGAGCCGGUUCCUCUGGACCCCAACAGUCCUGUCCUGGUUUCUGACAAACCUGACGAUGAUGAUGAUGUCAGCAUACUAGAGUCCCUGAAUCCUGCCCGGCGACGUGUGAUUCGUCCAGCAGCACUUUGGGGUGUGGCCUCUGAAGGCGAUGGACCAAUCAUAGAGCUAAAAGAGGUUGACGGUCAUCGGACUGCACCCCUUCCACCCACCUCACAGUGCAGAGAAACCUCCGCCCCAUCCACCUCACAGUACAGAGACACCUCCGCCCCAUCCACUUCACAGUACAGAGACACCUCCGCCCCAUCCACCUCACAGUACAGAGACACCUCCGCCCCAUCCACUUCACAGUACAGAGACCGAGACGCCUCCGCCCCAUCCACUUCACAGUACAGAGACCGAGACGCCUCCGCCCCAUCCACCUCACAGUACAGAGACCGAGACGCCUCCGCCCCAUCCACCUCACAGUACAGAGACCGAGACGCCUCCGCCCCAUCCACCUCACAGUACAGAGACCGAGACGCCUCCGCCCCAUCCACCUCACAGUACAGAGACCGAGACACCUCCGCCCCAUCCACCUCACAGUACAGAGACCGAAACGCCUCCGCCCCAUCCACCUCACAGUACAGAGACCGAGACACCUCCGCCCCAUCCACCUCACAGUACAGAGACACCUCCGCCCCAUCCACCUCACAGUACAGAGACGGAGACACCUCCGCCCCAUCCACCUCACAGUACAGAGACGGAGACACCUCCGCCCCAUCCACCUCACAGUACAGAGACCGAAACGCCUCCGCCCCAUCCACCUCACAGUACAGAGACCGAGACACCUCCGCCCCAUCCACCUCACAGUACAGAGACCGAGACACCUCCGCCCCAUCCACCUCACAGUACAGAGACACCUCCGCCCCAUCCACCUCACAGUACAGAGACACCUCCGCCCCAUCCACUUCACAGUACAGAGACGGAGACACCUCCGCCCCAUCCACCUCAACCCAGACCAGACAUCAACCCUUCACCAGGCCUGUCCUGCAGGAGGUCAAGUUAGUUUUGCUCCCUCAGGUUCAGCCCCCUGCACCCCCUCAGCCCCAUGCCCGGCCCCGAUCCCCCCUACAGCAGCUCCACCCUGGACCCCUCAACCAGCCUCGGCCCCCCCUGCCCCCCCAGGCUCUCCUCCUAACCCAUGCCUUCCAGAUCCAACAACCCAGAUCCCUUCAUCCCCAACCUGUUCCCCAGGUCGCCCCCCAGCGGUGUCCUGCGGGCCCCUGUGGCGUCCCUGCCCCCGCCGUGCUGAUAGCUGCUGCCCCCGAGCGUCUGGGCCCCCCAGAGACCGGCCAUCGCAUCACCCUGGGCAGCCAGACUCUUGGGGGCCUUAACCCCCAGUCCGGAGCCCCGCUGCUGACACACGACCGCCCUCUGUCCCUGGGGCCACAGGUGGUAGUUGUGGUCAACCGGCCAGACACUCAACCUCCCCUCCCCAUCCCAGCUCUCGCUGUUCCCCUGAACCCUAACCCCAUAGUCCCAGUCCCUGUCGUCCCAGUUGUCCCCAGGACAGCGGAGGAGAGGGCAGGUCCCUCAGACCAACAGGAAGUCCGGGGACCAGAGACACCUCAGCUGCAGCCCCACGUCAGAGCACUGGUCAGAGGAGUGGUGGAUCUGUUUCCUGAUGUCCAGGAGAACUAUGUAGCAGAACUGAUCCAGACCAAUGACCUGAAAGACCUCAAUGUUAUCUGUAACAUGUUGCUGGAGAACCCAGCCUUCCCUCAGAGAGAGAGUUCAGCCUCCGCGGCUCAGAGCAGCAUGCUACUGGAACCCUGCAACGACAACUCACAGUCUGCAGAGGACCUGUUUGACUACGGGUCGUUAGGUCAGGUGGGUGCUGAGGCGGCGAUGCAGGCAGCUGACCUCUUGAUGGGAGACUUCAGGAUGAUUUCCUGUCAGGACAUCAAAUGGAGCCUCAACGCCAUGAAGGGGCACUACGCAAUCACACGCAAGGCCUUAUGUGAAGCAGUGAAGCAGUUUCAAGACUCUGAGUCGUUAGAGAAGAGACGACGCAGGAGACAGACUGCAGAACGCUGCUAUAUAGACUUCAAGUAUCAGCAUGGUUCGGUGAAGUUGGAGAGGAGGAUGUACUUCCUGGAGAAGAACCGGCGCGGCUGCAGGACGUACGGAGCGGCUCUGGACCCCUCGCUGCAGAGGGAGAUCACCUUCUAUCAGCAGAAAGCCAAGGAGCAUGCUGAGCAUGAAGACUUCCUGCUGGCUCUGCAGGUUAAUGAGGAGGAGUAUGAGAAGGACGGACAGCUGAUAGAGUGUGGGUGUUGCUGUGGGGACUUUGCCUUCGAGAAGAUGACCCAGUGUUCUGAUGGACAUCUCUUCUGUAAAGAAUGUCUGGUUAAAUAUGCCGAGGAAGCCGUGUUCGGGUCGGGACAGUCCUCUCUCAGCUGUAUGGAAGCAGGCUGUCCCUGUUCCUUCCCGGUGUGCGAGUUGGAAAAGGUGUUGCCGGACACGGUGUUGUGUAAAUACUACGAGAGACAGGCUGAAGAGGCCGUGGCCGCGACCUGCGCCGACGAACUAGUACGUUGUCCGUCCUGUAACUUCCCAGCGUUGUUGGAUAAAGGUGUGUCGCUGUUCAGCUGUCCCAACCCUCGCUGUCGGAAGGAGAGCUGCAGGAAGUGCCGUGUCCAGUGGAAGGAGCAUGCUGGGAAGUCAUGUGACCAGGUCAUGGAACGAGAUGAGAUACGCAUGAGGGUGGCCUUUGAGGAGCGGAUGACAGCAGCUCGGGUCAGGAAGUGCGUGAAGUGUGGAACAGGUCUGGUGAAGUCUGAGGGAUGUAACAGGAUGUGGUGUCGUUGUGGAAGCUACAUGUGCUACCUGUGCCGAGAGCCAAUCAGUGGAUACAACCACUUCUGUCAGCACGCCCGUUCCCCUGGCGCUCCCUGUAGGCACUGCCGCAAGUGCUCUCUCUGGACAGACCCCACGCAAGAUGACGAGCGCAUCAUUCAGGAGAUUCAGAAAGAGGGCGAGAAAGAGCUCAACAAGAAGAACGCAGAGACUUCAGGGAAGAGAGUGGGCCCGCCCCCGGAACCUGUGGUGGUUGCUAAGCGACCUCGAGCAGCCCCCCCUCCGCAGGCGGUGCGAGCGCCCUUAUUGGUCCCUCCUCGUGUCAUUCUGCCUCAUCGCCAGCCCUUGCCCCCCGCCCCCUACGUGCCCCCGCUCCUCCACCUGCCCCCCCUCAACUACCACCCUCCCCUCAACCAGGUCAACAACAACCUGAACAAUAUAGACGUCAACAUGCCCAUGCACUAUGGACCCCCCCCUCGCUACUACAGACACCUAUAACCCUCCUCCUCCUCUACUACAGACACCUAUAACCCUCCUCCUCUACUACAGACACCUAUAACCCCCCUCCUCUACUACAGACACCUAU